GUCCGGGUUGGGGUGUCAGGCCAGCGGUGUGGGUGGUACGCCGCGAUGGAGAGCGUCAGCUUUCCAGGCUAGCCGAGUAAAAAUUCGGGGUGUUGUGAGAAUCCCGUCUUUGGCUUGAUCACGUCGUCUCGUGUGGUCUUGGUGGAUGAUCCAUGAUGGUUAUGCUGCUACAGGUGGCGUCAUAUUUCCAGGCUAGCCGAGUAAAAAAGAAUCCCGUCUUUGGCUUGAUCCGUCUUUUGGCGAUUGACUAUCAAGAUCGAUCAUCAUUAUCCAAUCGUUGGCAUCCUCUGGUUUUCUUCCUGUUGGUCCAGGCAACAACUACAUUCGGCAUUCAAUUAGACAAAUUGAAUAUUCCCAGGUUGGAAGGAGCAAGUUUAUUGUCUACUGGCGAUGCUAUGGCGGCAAGGACUCUUCAAGCGGGUGCGGAUAUCUGUUCUCAAGUGAUCCAAUAUGACACUUCCCCUUCUGGGCGGAAAAUUGCGGACCAAGUGCAAGUCGGGGUGGACAGCCUUUGGCAUCAACUGUUUUCAGCGGACGAAAAAGUGACAGGCGGAAAAGGCGACAUGCAUGCGGGCAAAUAUGUGGGAUGGUUUCAAAUCAACGGCACGAUCAUCAUCAUCAUCAACCAUCCCUACUUUUGUGGUGAAAACACAAAGAGAAAGCGGCAACAAAAGGAGCAGCGGCAAACAUCGUAUCGACAAACAGUGUCCAUCGCUACCUAUGGUGGCCACAUGGAGCAAGAUACUUCAGCGUCAAAAACUGCAACAAUGCAUACGACAAAUCAGUCCGUUCAGAAUCACAAGUCAACGUCAAGUCAAGGAGAUGAAAACAAUCAUAAUCUAUCUCGUUUACGACGAGGAGACCUGUGGAGACAGCAGCGUCGCGACAAAAAGACGACAUUGGCAUUGUUAGCUUUCAAUGUGGGGACAACAUCGGGCAAUAGACGGCCAUUCGAAUACGUCUUUAUCAUUUCUAUCAGAUGGCUACAAGGCAAAAAGACUGGCGACUUCUAUUAUGGUGGCAAUUGAUUUCAAAAGACAAACAGUAAAAACUGGAUAGCAGCACGCAUGGCAACUAUUCAAGCUGGCUCAACAACAAUCUAUCUACAAGGUGGCAACUCCUCUUUUCUUGGCGACAAAGAAAAAUCAACCAGGAAUCAUUGGAGCAUAUAUGGGUGUGGUAGCAACCAAGCACAGAAGGCUAUUGCGGCAAUGAAGCACGGUGGCAAUGCAACACAUCCUCUGAUAUGACAAUCAAUACUGGC